AGUCUCAUUGUAUCUCCUGGAAUCCCAAACGCACUUGUUUUGGGUCCCUCACUUGUGUCUUCAUCUACACCUUUUUGUCCUUGCUUCUUCGUAGCCCCUUUCUUGCAUCUCCUUUAUAGCUUCCUUCGCCUGCUAUAAACUAAUGUCUUCUUCUUCAUCUUCAUCCUCUUCUUCAGAAGAUGGCAAUGGCGGUGGUGGAGGUUAUCAGGGAGCAAGAAGAGGGGGUGAUUUCGAAGGGCCUUCAUCGUCUCGUCAACGUGCCAUUAACGAGGUCUGGCCUGAGCCUUUUGUGGAGGCUCUGGCAGCCCAUGUGGCCAUUGAUGCUUCUCGCAAUAUUGGUCGCCUCGCAGCAGCUUCUGCUCUUACCAAUGUCUUUCUGGUAUGUUCGACGUGGCGUGCUGUCUCCAGAUAUGAUCUCCUGUGGCGCCGCCUUACUCGACACAUAUGGGGCCGGACUCAUCUCAUGCAUGCAACGUGGAGAGAUGAGUACAUCUAUCGUCAUCGGACGAUGGAUAAUUUUCGAAGGCGUAGAUAUACCCACGCAAUUCUUCACUUCGACCCGUCUGACGUGGAUAACCCGGAUGGCCUGACAUGUCGUUGCCUGGCCCUCUCUGACCUUUACUUGGCGUGUGGGUUUGCUGAUGGAACAGUUCGUCUAUUUUCUCUGACUACUCGACUCCACGUCAGCUCGUUUCGGCCCCAGCAUCGCGAUAUAUUAGGCCGAUUCUCUCGUGCGGUUUCAGGUAUAAUCAUCACGGACUCCCAACUAGUAUUCGCCACCAUGGACGGAGACAUCCACGUGGCAAAUAUAAAUGACGUGGCGAACCCACCGCGUAGGGCUCACUUUGGUAACGUGGUGGAUGACGGGGUGCUGGUGGACUUUACGGGAGGCGAAAGAUACUGGGUGGGGUUGUAUGCAGGGCUUGCGGGACGGGCUUUUCACAUCUGGAACGGUCGAACUGAAGAACUCACGUUUGUUGGUGGGGAUUUAACGGACCAAAACACAGUCAUGGGUUGGCGAAUGUUGACUGAGUUCAACGAGUUCGUUGGACGAGUGAGGGUGACGAGUCAGGAAUCAGCCGUGGCGUGCACGAAUUCACGUGUCAUGGUUUUCGAUUUGAGAAACCAAGGGGUAAUAUUGAGUAAUUCAGAGUAUAGGAGAGGGAUAAUUGUGACGUCGGUGGACGUUAACAGUGAGGCGUACAUUGUAGUGGAUGGUCGUGGGGUAGCUAUUGUGUACAGGGCGGACACGUUAGAGGAAGUGUGUAGGUUUCGCACAGGGUUAAGGGGUGGUCAAAGAAACGUGAUGGGGUGCAUGAAUUUAGGAUACGCGCUAAUGUGCGCAGGAGGUGUUAUAAGGGUAUGGGAAAUUGAGGAAGGGCAAUAUAUGUACAGCUUGAGGGAGAGAAUAGCAGAGGUCAACGCAAUUGUGGGGGAUGAUAGACACGUGGCUGCAUCAAGUGAGACGGGUAUACACUUGUGGGAUUUCGGAGCACAGUAGAGAGGGUGGUCUGAAAGUAUACUUGUAAUUUAUUGUUGGAGAAGGGACGUGUCGAAUUGAUUUGAUAGGGUGUUUUGACUGAGUAAGAAUCUAGGGAAGGGAAAUGGUUUGGUGUGUUUGACUUAACAAUGGAGGCAGGCCUUUUUGUUGAAUUGUACGGUUCCCCACUGCUGGAGCUUAACCGUACCGUUUUCUUUACUUGUUCUUUUCUGACUUUUGGUUUUAGUUGGUAGGUAUUUGACUAUUUGUAGCAUUUCUAAUUUCUUUCUUUUAUUAAUAAAAAAAGGCAUUCUUCUUUA